UGGCUUAUAAACAGGGUGUAUGACAAAUAUUUAGUGUUUAAUUCAUAUCUGGUUUUGCAGAUGAAGAAGCUCUGGUCUAUCAGGAGUAGUGGUGAAAUAAUUAUGCAUGUGUCUGAUCAGUAUCAGCCCCAGCACUUUUCAGGGAGCAGUACAUUAUGCACGUCUUGUGGAUUUAGCACAGGAUUAGGGCUAACCUCCUCUCUUCACACACUCCAGCACCACGAGUCCAAUGAGUCCAGUCUGAGCACAAUGGGAAGAAAACAGGCACGUGAUGUGUCUCACAUGCCAAGUCAAGAACCUGGGGAGGACAUGUUGAUUACCAAACCCAAGAAGAAAAAGGCUAAGAAGGAAAUCAAUGGAGCGAAAGAGCCGGAGGAGGAGACAGAGCCUGCUGUUGAAAUGGAAGAGUUGGUGAGCUGUAAUCCAUCAGAAAGCAAGGAUGCUCUUUCCCCUGAGCCUCAGGACAUUCCACCACAGAAGAAGAAGAAGAGAAAGAAGAUGGCGCAUACCUUCGAUAUGGAAAGUGAGCAGCAAGACCUUGUGAAUGGAGACACACAAACAUCACCCUCAGAUAGAGAAGAAGUUACUAGGAAAUCUAGGCGGAAGAGGAAGUCUAAGAUAACAGAGAAUCAGCAUAACAACAGUGUGGAAGUGGAGGACGACGAUGUUGUCACUGAUGCACAUACUCCUAUCUCUCAUCGUUCUCUGUUUUCCGCCCCUCUGGGUCACAAUCAGUCUCUCAGUAAAGUGUUUGUGGAGAGAAACCGUCGGUUUCAGGCAACAGAUCGGCUGGACCUGGGCCAUGAGCAGGUGGAAGAGUUCAUGGAGGUCAGAUCCAUGUGGAGCACACGAGAUGUUGCCUUAAGAGUUCACGGCGGCUUCAGGAUCGUCGGACUCUUCUGUCAUGGGUUUUUGGCAGGCUAUGCUGUAUGGAACAUCAUUGUUAUUUAUGUCUUGGCUGGAGAGCAGCUGAAAACACUGUCAAACCUGUUACAGCAAUACCACAGCUUAGCAUACCCCACCCAGUCUCUACUGUACUUCCUGCUGGCUAUUAGCUCUGUGUCUGCCUUCGACAGGGUGAAUCUAGCCAAGGCCUCUAUGGCUCUGAGAGGGUUCCUCAUGCUUGACCCAGCAGCCCUUGCGUCAUUCUUGUACUUUGCAGCUCUUAUUUUGUCUCUGAGUCAGCAGAUGACUAGUGACCGCAUCAACCUGUACCCCAUAUCCAAUGAGUCACUAUGGCCUCCAGGCUCUGAACACCAGAUUCUGCAACCCUGGAUUGUUGUGAAUCUGGUUGUAGCUUUACUGGUUGGACUGGCCUGGUUUUUCAUCUCCUCCAGACCUGACAUGGACUACACAGAAGAGUUCUUAAUAUCUAUGGAGGUAGAUGACUAUCUCGAAUACAAGGAGAAAUCAGAAAUCCCCUCCUGAAAAUCUCAGACACUUAUCAGGACAACUGGACUCAGUGAUUCUGAAGCAUAAAAUAUUGUGGCAUCGGCAAGGAAGAAGGCUGACAAUGAAGCUUUGUAAAAACAAAGCUCUUUUAUUAGAAAACAGACACACACUAACAGCACAGGCUAAAACUGGGAAAAUGAGGGAGUAACAAAACCCAGCAGCCCUGCAAACCCUGACCAGAAUAAAGCAGUCCUGCUAAUGAUGAAUGAAUAACUUAAUAUAUGUUAAUUGAUAAAUUUAAGGUUAGCAAAACAAGAUUUGUUACACAAAUUAGGCUAUUUAUAUUGGUAUUUGUCUGUUUUGUAUACUGUAUUAAUACAUUACAUUAUAAUCAGUAUAUCCAUUUUAAAUGUUUUGGCUGCUUAAUGGUUUAGUAGUACUCAUAAGCAGGUCUGACAAAUGUGACCAAGAGAUGUAUUCACAAAUUUCACUUGAUUAUGAAUAAAGGCCAUAUGUUUAGCUA